GAACAAGAGAGUUGACAAAAGCGAAAAAACAGGCAGUUACGGAUAAAAGGCGUGACACCCUACAGACGAUGAUGACGUAAGUGUCCUUGGCCAAGCCAUAAACUUCAACAAACUCGCAAGUCACAAAGCUGUAACGCGUAAACGAGCACGAGGUAUUUGAAACAUAACACCCAUGUUUUAACGAAAAGCGUUGUCCCGUCAGCAUGCAAGGAUAUAUGAGAAUGGAUAAGAAAACGAAAGAUCUUGACGACCUACAGGAACAGCUUGGUGGUUUUACAAGAUACCAGAUAUUAGUUUGCAUUGGAGCUGCCUAUCUUUCCUAUGCAACGGCAUAUAUUCACCAGAGUGGUAUAUAUCUGAGCGCUGUGCCUGUAUUCAGGUGUGCUGUACCCCCCCUUGAAGACCCAACUUACGGCUUAUCUGAGGCGGAAAUUCGAAAUUAUACGAUUCCUUAUGAUUACGAAAAGCAGAAAUACGACACGUGUCAUAGGUACGACUUGAAUCUAACGAAUUGUUAUGUCAAUCUUACUUGCAUUCAGCCAACCAAUGACGUCAUACCAUGCGAUAAAGGUUAUCAUUACGAUACCGAUGUUUACACUAUGACAACAGUGACGCAGUGGAAUCUGGUAUGCGACCGGAGUAUAUUGGACACCAUCGCAAAUAGUUUGUUCUUUGUUGGAUUUUUUAUUGGUUCGGCUGCAUAUGGGCCUGUGGGAGAUUGGCUUGGUCGUAAACUUGCGAUGUUGGUGUUUUGUGUUUGUCACCUUAUAUUUGGGAUCAGUUUAUGUUUCUCGCCCUACUUCGAACUAUAUUUGUGUCUUCGUGUAUUAUCAGCUGGGUCGGCGAUCGCUUGUUUUAUCUCGGUGUUUGUUUACACUAGUGAAAUCUGUCCGAAACAUCAUCGCACUGUUGUUGGUAUGUUCGUGUUUCAGUCAGCCAACAUCGCCCACGCAACUCUGCCAGGUUUCGCUUACGCUCUUCGAACUUGGAGUAACCUCAUGUUCAUUACUGGCCUCAUAAGUGUUCCAUUUAUUCUGAUUUGGUUUAUUUUGCCGGAAUCGCCAAGAUGGUUGUUAUCUGUUGGUCGAAGUGAUGCAGCGAGACAAAUUAUGGAAAAAUAUGCUCAAAGUAAUUCUCUUCAUGUCAGGGAUGAAGACUGGGAGAUGGUGGUCCAAGAUGAAAAGGAAAAGCAAAGAAAUGCGAUGGAAAGUGAGAAGUAUUCCGUCAUCGAAUUAUUCAAACGUCCACUCAUGAGAAUUAUAUCAUUAGCGGUUGUGUUUGGUUGGUUCACUGCCAAUCUUGUGUUUUAUGGGUUGGCACUUAACGUUGGAAGUCUGUCAGGCGACCCUUAUACGAACGCUGGAAUAAAUGGAGCAAUCGAGAUUGUGGGUACAGCACUUAUAUUAUUUGCUCCAUGGACGGGCAAACGAAACUUGCUAUGUGCUUCGUUUCUAUUUUGUUCAAUAUCAUGUUUUGCAUCGACAGUAUGUGUCGAGUUUGCAAAUGGAAAUCAAGCUUUAGAGACAACAAGCGUAGUGCUUGCAGUUAUGGGCAAAAUGGGAGCAACAUCAGUGUUCACUAUUAUCUACAGUCUUACCAGUGAUAUCUACCCUACUGUAGUUAGAGCAACUGGUGUGGGAAUGGGCUCAAUGGCUGCACGAGUCGGUGGUGUUGUCACUCCGUUUACACUCGAGUUACAAAACAGUAUUCCUUGGCUGAUACAGACAAUUUUUGGAAUUCUUUCUGUUUUCGCGUUCAUGACGUCACUCUUCUUCCCCGAAACCGAGAAAGCUGUUUGUUUGACGUCACUGGACGAAGCUGAGAUAUUUUAUCGACAAAAUAUGACCUUGUUGAACUAUAUAACGCGUUCAAGGGACACCGUAAAGUAUGCGAACGGGAUCAAAGGAACCAGGAUAACAAAGCUAUGAAGGUUUACAAAGAAAAAAAGGUGUAGAAAAGCCUCGUCCAAGACACUUGACCAAUCACUUCAAAAUAACCAAAAAACGUCGAUUUACUUUUUGAAAAUUUCUGUGUAAAUGGUCACUUGCACUUUACAUACCUAUUUAACUUUUGUUCAUGAAAAUUUACCAAUACUAUCCAAUGUUAAAUGGAAUGAUGAUCGUAAAGGUCCCGGACAUCGAAUCUGUUACGAUAAUUACUUUUGGUACAAGUUAUCGCAUAACCUUAUGCUUGAUAAUUAUUGUGAUAGCAUUAACAUGUAAUGUACAUUUAUAUGUAACACAGUCAUUCGUUAUUAAAAUCAAAGUCUCUUUGACA